AGGAUGGGUGGGCGGAUAAACGGAUAGUUAAUGCACUGUGGGCUGCUUCUGCUGUCAUCUGACACAAACAAACUGUUCCGACAAGUAGGUCGCUGUGUGUCCGUCUGUUGCUGUUACUGAAAGUGAAUAACUUCGGCUUUUACACAAACUCUCCUAUUUAGGACAGAUAGAGACACAGAGAGAGAAAGACAGAAGGGUAAUGAUGGGGGAAAUAGAAGACAGUGACCAUGACACAGUCUGCGGUUAGGUUUGGUUUGUUUAAGUGUUUUUUCUGUGAUUGUUUUUGUAGUUUGGUGAUGGAGCCCCAACGGCAGAUUUACAAAAGACUGGAUAUCCCUGAUCAUGUGCAUUACAUCAUCGCCUUCCUUCUCCUCAUCAUCGGCACUUUGGGGGUUACAGGCAACGCACUGGUCAUGUUUGCUUUCUACAGUAAUAAAAAGUUGCGGAACCUGCCAAAUUAUUUCAUAAUGAACCUGGCAGUCAGUGAUUUCCUCAUGGCGAUCACGCAAUCUCCAGUCUUCUUCAUAAACUGCCUUUAUAGAGAGUGGAUGUUUGGAGAACUGGGAUGUAAAAUAUACGCAUUUUGUGGUGCUCUGUUUGGUAUCACCUCUAUGAUAAACCUGUUGGCAAUCUCUAUUGAUCGUUACCUGGUCAUCACCAAACCACUGCAGACCAUCCAAUCGAACUCCAAACGCAGAACCUCUCUGGCCAUCCUGUGCAUCUGGCUCUAUUCGCUGGCCUGGAGCCUCGCACCUCUGAUUGGCUGGAGUUCCUACAUCCCUGAAGGUUUGAUGACAUCAUGCACAUGGGACUACACGUCGCCAUCUCCGGCCAGCAGGAGUUACACCAUGAUGCUCUGCUGUUUUGUCUUCUUUAUUCCUCUGGCCAUCAUCCUUUUCUGUUACCUUUUCAUGUUCCUCUCUGUACGACAGGCCAGCAGAGAUCUGGAAAGGCUGAACUCAAUGAAGCAGCAGUCAAUGAGGAGUGAAUGGAGACUGGCUAAAAUAGCAGCAGUGAUCAUUGUGGUGUAUGUCCUGUCCUGGGCACCUUACGCAUGUGUCACCCUCAUCGCCUGGGCAGGGCAUGCAAACAUUCUCAACCCCUACUCAAAAACACUGCCUGCGGUCAUCGCCAAAACAUCUGCCAUCUACAACCCUUUCAUAUAUGCAAUAGUUCACACCAAAUAUCGAGCCACAUUAGCUGAGAAGAUACCCGGUUUAUCCUGUCUGUCUCGCUCUCAGAAGGACUGUCUCUCUUCCUCCACUAACAGUGACAUGUCAGUUCAGGACACCAGUAUCAGCAGACAGUCUUCUGUCUCCAAAAACAAACUCCACACAACCACGGGCAACUCCUAUACUAUGCGUCCAGUCCAGAUAAAAGAGUCAAUCAGCCUAUGUGAGCAUGAUCUCGUGUCUGGAUCCCUCGCCAUGGCAACCGCACCAAUGGUUGUUUACACUAGGAAAAGCAGGAGUGCUGACCUGACCACUGAUUUAAACCUAAGAAUGACUCUGUGACCCACAGCUCCUCUGAUACUCCCAAAAUCAUCAUCAGUCCAGCCUCAGAAAGCAACUUGAGAGAAGAUAUGGAGGAAAAGUCUGGAUCUCACCAUCAGCACUCUAGGAACACAAUGUUUGACCUCACACACAUAAACUGCCCAACAGAGUUACUGGAGACUAUGUAAAGACUUCUCACAUGAACUCUAAAGGCUUUUUUCACUUGCUUAGUCUCACCAAUUAAGACUAGAUUAUCCAGAAAAGGACUUUUUAAUAAACUGUGGUUGUUAUUAACAUUUUUACAGCUGUUGUGGGAAUAGUCAUGAGAUAAAUACAGAUGUCAGUUAAAGCUGAGAAACAAACUAGACAAAGAAAUUUACUACAUACAGUAUACAGUGGCCUCAAGAAGUAUUUGGACAUAUUGUAGCUAAUCAUAGACAACUUACACAUUUGUUCUUUAUUUUAUUUUAUUUUACAAGUGUUUUUCCAUUUUCUGUCAUUGGUGCUACACCA